GGCACCGGCUGAUACCUAGCUACCGAUACUAUCGGGGCACCCAGCGAUGUUUUGGCAGCUCCAAGACUCUCCAAUUUGACAAUUCUGAGACAUGAGCACAAACAAACACUCACGCAGUGCAUUCAGUUGGCGAGCGUAAUAAAUAUGUGGGAAAAUUCCCACAUAUAUACAGUAUUCAGUGCUAGUGCCGAGAACUCGCAACGAACGCGGACGCGUCGUUCACAUAUGCGUGAAAAACUAGCUGGCAACAACGGUGGCAAGUCCAAAUGCGAAGAAAAGCCAGUAAAUCGCGCGGCGAGUAAAGUGAACAAAUUCGGUGCAGACCAUUGCCGUUUCGGGGCGAAUAAUGUCUGCGUCUGUGAUAUGCGUCGAUUUGAGCUCGGAGUCUGAUGAGGAGUUUCAAAUUAUAUUUGCAGUCGCCGGCCAAACGACGACGACUCGAGGAUCCUCUGCGAGUACUACCGCCAUCCGGUAGGAAAAGUUUGCCUGCCAAACUUCUGAACAUACCAAAGGCCUCCCUGGGAUCUGCGAUGAUAGUGCCUAUUGCAGAAACAGGACCUGCAAGGGAGACUCCGGUCAUAGUGGAUCCUCUCCGAUCCAUGCACAUCCCCAGUGGAAUCACCGUCACCAAGCACCAGAAGAACGUCCUCGCCACAAACGGAAACCUGACCAUUUCUCUGGCAGAGAGCAACAACAACAACAAUAACAACAACAACAACACUACCAGCUUCAACAACAAUGUGACCCCGAAGCAGAUCAAUGUUGGCACCGGCCAGAAAGUGGCCUGGUCGGUGAGCAGCAAGGCGCCCAGUCCGAAUGCCGUGAUAACCACCGUGCCCAGCCACCAGGUGAGGGUGACGCCGUUUAACCCGAUUCGACUCGCACCCGGGUCAAAAAUAAUACCGGCGUCGAAAGCGACGCCUGCUAAGAUCCAACCCAUUCUUGGGAUGGGUCAGCCUCCGCAACAGGCACAAGCCCAGCAACCGAAGACCAUAAUGCUGGGUUUUGCGAAGCCCAAUACUGCAGUGGGUCAAACGGCGCAACACCAAAAACCUGUAUCGCUCCAAAUACACCAGAAAUUAGUUGCAGGACAGCAGAAAGUUAUGGCUUCUGUUAGCCAAAUAAAUCAGCUACCGUUGCAGCAGCAACAGCCACUUAGACCGGUGAGCAUUCAAUUGCAGCAGCAACAGAUCCAACGGAAUGGCCCAUUGCCUACACAGCAACAGAAGCCACUGGGAUGCCCAGUGCCUACGCAGCAAGGGAAGCUACCACGUGGGCCAUUGCCUACGAAGCCAGACGAGCCACUGGGUGGGCCACUGCCUACGGAGCCAGACGAGAUACUGCGUGGCCCAUUGCCUACGGAGCUUGACGUGCCACUGGUGGGCCCAUUGCCUACGCGGCCAAAACCACCGGUGAGAUCAAUACAACAGCCAGUUAAAAAGAAUACGGCGAUUGGAGUACAGAUUCCGCAAUCACAGGAGCCACUGGGUGGCACAUUGCCUACGCGGCCGAAACCACUAGGGGGCCAAUUGCUAAUGCAGCAAAAACCACCGGUGGGAUCGCUACAACAGCCUGUUAAACAGAAUACUGGGAUUGGAGUACAGAUUCAGCAAUCACAGCAGCCACUGGGUGGCCCAAUGCCUACGCGGCCGAAAACACUAGGAGGCCAAUUGCUAACGCAGCAAAAACCACCGGUGGGAUCGCUACAACAGCAGAAUACGGGGAUUGGAGUACAGAUUCAGCAAAUACCAAAGGUUUUCGUGGGACAACAGCCGCAGAAGGAGUACCUGAGUAAACUACAACAGGAGCAACAGAAGAUUCUUCUGGGGCACCUGCAACAGCCGCAACAGAAGACGUUCCUGGGGCAACUGCGACAGGAGCAGCAGAAGAUGCUGGGGCAACUACAGCAGCAGCAACAGAAAAAGAUCCUGGGGCAAUCUCAACAGCAAAAGGAGCCGUUGGGGCAACUACAACCUCAGCAGAAACCACCACAGCAACUGAACAAUUCACUGGUGCACUUACAACAGCAACAACAACAUAAAACUUCAGGGGGGCAACUCCAACAACAGCAGCAAAAUCAACCACAGCAGAAAAAUUCAAUGGUGCACGUAAAACACCAACCGCAACAACAGCAAAAGAAGACUUCAUUGGGGCAACUCCAGCAGCAACCACAACAGCAACAGAAGGCUUCAGUGGGGCAGCUGCAACAGCAACAGAAGACUUCAUCGGGUCAGCUGCAACAGCAACAGAAGACUUCAGUGGGGCAGCUGCAACAGCAACCACAACAGCAACAGAAAACUUCAGCGGGGCAACUCCAACAGCAACAGCAACAGAAGAUUUCAGUAGGGCAACUCCAACCACAACAGCAACAGAAGUCUUCAGCGGGGCAACUCCAACAACAACAGAAGAUUUCAGCGGGGCAACUCCAACCACAACAGCAACAGAAGAUUUCAGCGGGGCAACUCCAACCACAACAGCAACAGAAGUCUUCAGCGGGGCCACUCCAACAGCAACACAAGAUUUCAGCGGGGCAACUCCAACAGCAACAGAAGAUUUCUGCAGGGCAACUGCAACAGCAACCACAACAGCAGCUAAGUUCUUCCGCGGGGCAGCAGCAAAAACUACAAAAAGCGUCCUUAGGGCAGCAGUCAGCAGCUCAAAAGCAGGGAGCGGCCCCAGGGCAACAGCAAAAGUUACCAGUUGGACAAUCCCAGCCCCAGAAGAGAACAAGUGCUGGACUUCUUCAACAGCAACAGGUGCCACAGAAGAAAAUCGUGAUGCAACCGCAGCUUCCGAAAACAUCGGUGGUCCUGCCGCGCCCACAACAACUCCCGAAUCCUUUGCUCGUGGCCCAACAGCAAUCACCAAAGACACAGAUGGCUAUACAACUGCUAAACUCUGUGAUGGGUCCACAGUUUCCACCGCAGCAACCUUUGCUUCCCGUUGUCAAUCAAAUUACGCACAAAUCGAUGACUAUUCAGAGACUUCCAAUGUUGCAGACAACGCCGACCGUACAAAAAAUUCUACCAAAGCAGUUAGCUCCGCAGCAGACGCCACCACCCGCUCAUAUAUUACAAAAGCAAACAAUGCCAAACGCGGCCAUGCAAAAUCCUCCGUUCGCACACCGUCCACCGAUAGUGCGACCCAUGACGGUAGCCAAGAUCACGCCGGUGCCUACAAACAACAAUGUCUGCAUCCCGAUGAAGCCACAGAUGGCUAGAGCUGUCAGUCCCCCCAGAGACGCAACAAUGACUGCAGCCCGGACUUUGCCCUUUAAAAGAUCACAGCGCAAGGCAUCUGCAGCACCAAUGACUUCGACGCAUGUCCAGGGAUUCACAGCGAGUGCCACACCUCCACAGCGCCUUCUGGCCACUCCACCGCAUUGUGCCGCGGCCUUGAAUGAGCCACUAUUGCUUAACUUGCCGCCCACCACUAGCAUUACGCCGCAACUGACGCCAACGACAACUCCACCGCCCGCUGGACCAUCGGCAGCAGUUCAGCAACAGCAGCUGGCCAAGGCGGCAGCCAUUAAAUUGAAUUCCUUGCCCGGAGCGAGCAUUUCUCCAGUGAACAGGGCUCAAACUGCAAGCGCCAAGCGCAUACAGCCGAUUACCGUGCUCAAGAAAUCCGACGAGGAAUGGCGAAAGCAUCUCGAGCAGCAGCAGCAAAAGAAGCACGUACAAUUGCAGUCUUCCUCGAUGACCACAAUUGUCCUAGUCGAAUCACCGCCCACUACGCCGCCCACGGAUAAGCCGGAGCCGGAGCCGGAGCGCGGGCCAAUGACCGUGGAAAAAUCGUCGAACCAACCGAUGCCAACAGAUAAACAAUCUAGUGCAAUUAAAAGGCCCGCAGUCAUGAUUUCCAGGAAAAAAUCCGGUUCAGUUGUCACAGAAAUAGUGGAUUUAGAUAAUAUCCCGGAUAUCCCGGCACAAAAGCGCAGGAAAGAAUGUUUUCCUCCAAUUAAGAAUGCAACCAAGGCAGCACCUUCAGUGAAUGCCCCAUUUACAACUGAGUACGCGGCACUUCUUCGGCUGUGCCGCGAGGUGGACAAAUCGGCUGACAUGGAGCGCCUUGUAAAGGGAGAAUUGACCCAGUAUUACUACAGUGCGCCCGAAAGCUUCGUGAUGUCAUGUGGCUUUCGCAACCUGGUCACAACGGCCAUGGCGAUGAUCCAAAACGAAUCGUACCUGGUGUACGUACACCUAAAGUACGUGUUAGAUGAGUUAGCAUCGCGGAGGCUGACAAAAAUAUUUCCCACAGUGCGAGCAAUUCCGCCAGCUAGCCAUUUCCCACUUCCACCAACAUCGUUCACACCCAAGCAGCCAGCGAUGUUGAAUGCGCCGGAGCAGCAGACUGGGAUGGCGGGAAGAGAGCAGGAUGAUGAAAAUGAAGAGGUGACAUUGGUGAAUGUCCAGACCAUUUCUCCCGAAGAUAGGCGUAGGAAUGAGCGCAUACGCCACUUUUAUCGCACGCUGCAUGCUAUUACUAAGCGAAUAAAGAUGUUGGAGGAAGCUGAAGUGGACUUGAACGACGAGGACUCCAGCUAUCUUCAGUUGGAGCGCUUCAAAAAGCGCGCCUGCCAGAUCUAUGAAAAAAUCUGUGAUCUAAAGGGCGAGAGCAAGAGUGUACGUCGUCAGCUGAAGAAGCCCAUCCAUUUCAAGGAUUCGGACUAUCCACACUUCAAUAACUCGCUAUCGGCUUUUGUGAACAGGAUGCAAGAUUUUCCCGAUUACCACGAUGUGCUUCAAAUACUGGAACAGUGCAACAAGGAAAAGGAACUUGGACUAGCCAAGUACGAGAUGAAGAGAAUCGCCUACGAUGCCUUUAACAAAGUCGGCCGAAUGCUGCAAUCGCGCCGUAAGAAUGAUCUUUACGAAACCGUCACACAUUACACGGCAAAUGGCAAAGAUCCAGCGUCCAGUGAUCCCGAGCUGCUAGCCAAGCUCAAGGAAAACAACAAAAAGCAAACCAAAAUAAGUGAUAUCUUAGAAAAGUAUGCCCUCGAGCAAGAUCUCAAUGCGGAGGAGCGUCAGGAGGCGCGGCUCAAGGAGAAAAAGUUGAAGCAGGUUAAAGCGGACGAGGAGGCCGCCAAGCUGGCUGCACUGGCGGAGGACGACGACAAGCCCUGCACAAGUGCUCAGGCAGCAGCUAAGGCGGCCGCUCUCGCCGCUUUAAAAAGGGGUCCAGCAGCUCGUGGAAAUGUGAUUCGAAAAAAGCGCCCCGCUAAUGGACGGAUCUUAAAAAUCUACGACGACGAAGAUGACUCGGAGGAGGAAUCGGACUCGGAGGACGACGAUGUGGAGGAAUUUGUCAAUAACUUUCAAGCCAACAGUGAUGUGAGUGAUGCCGACUCCGAAGUGGAAGCAGUAACAUCACCAAAGAGAGAUGCCUUGCCGCUCGCCGAGGAGGAGGAUGUGAUAGAUAUAACGAGAGACGAGACUGGCAAAAAGAAUGACGAAGCCACGCCCAACGGCAGGCUUAAGAUUAUGUCCGUCUCUAGUCUGAACGCCAAUUUUGUCCAUGGGCAGGAUCUGUAUAGAAAGCCCAAUCCCAUGCCGUCUGCUAAGCCAGUCAUUGCUGACCAGAUAAUCAUUUCCGAUGAGGAGUCAUAGAAAGAGUUGUACCCGCAGACCUAGUUAAGUUAUUUAUUCAAUAUGUUCAGUUUCUUCCUGAAUACGUUCACUAAUUGUACAUUUUUCAACUCCCCUUGCUAACAAAAAUGUUAUGAGGUCGACUAUUUAUUUUUGAACAUUAAUCAUUAAAUUUGAUAACUUGAUUAGGUUUAUCCAGAAAUGUUUAAAUAAUUCAAGCGUUGAUGAGUUUACGACAAUUUUUUAUAGACACGUGAAAACCUUUUUUCAUUUAAAACUGUCGUAUAUCCAAAUGUUAAGUUCAAAAAUAACUUCCGCCCUUACAUUUUUGUGGUUGUUAAUCUUGGUUGCAAAUUCCACCACGCCUAUUUAUUGUAAAGCCCCCUACCUUUGGGUACAAUCCAGAAAACUACGGUAGUGUAUAUACGGAAUACUACUAGUCUAAGUUAGUCGUAGAAAAUAAACAGAACGGUGAGAAACGAUGACGCAAAGCGAA